AUGCACAUUCAACUCUUCUUGCUACUCCCGAUCAUCUUCCUCGUUCUUUCACUCGUCCAUAGACUCAGUCGAGCCGUCUUCUCUCCACUCAAAGACAUCCCUGGUCCUUUCUGGGCCCGUUUCACCAAGCUAUGGUACUUCAGGCGCGUGCAAAAAGGUGGAUUUGAGCAGGAUAAUAUUUCCUUACACCAAAAAUAUGGUCCCGUGGUGCGUGUUGGCCCGAAUCAGUACAGCAUCAGCGAAAUAGCCGCUAUCAAGACGGUCUAUGGCACUGGGUCGCAGUUUGCCAAGGCCUCUUGGUAUGAUGCCUGGAAGCAUCCGGCACAGUGGACUGUAUUCUCAGAUCGCGAUAUUAAGAGACAUGCCGAUACCCGAAAACGCUUCACAAAUCUGUAUUCUAUGAGUUCGCUGGUGCAUUAUGAGGGAUUUGUGGAUCAUUGUGCCGACAUAUUCAUUGAGCGACUCAAUGAGUUCGCGGACAAAGAGCAGUCUUUGAACCUCGGCCACUGGUUUCAAUGCUAUGCGUUCGAUGUUAUUGGAAAUAUAACCUUUGGAGAGCGGUUUGGCUUCCUGGACCGAGGUCAUGAUAUUGACGGAGCCAUGAAUGCCCUGAACAAGGUGCUGACGUACAGUACUCUGGCCGGUAUCUAUCCAGAGUGGCAUCCACGACUCUUCGGCCCCUUAAGUCGGUUCAAGGGAUCUGGCGCCGGUGGACGAGCCUACAUCGCCAACUUUGUGCGAGAAAAGAUCCGCUCUCAUGAGCUCAAAAAGACAGAUCCUGAAGCUGCCGAUGAAUCUCUCCAAAAUCAAGACUUUGUGGAUAAAAUGAUCUCAGCCCGCAAUAAAAACCCAGAAAAAGUCACGGAUUACCAUCUCUUCAUUAUGGGCCAAUCUAAUGUUGCUGCGGGGUCUGAUACCACGUCGAUUAGUCUGUCCGGUAUCAUGUGGUUUAUCAUGCACAACCCCGAGGUACUACGCAAGUUACGCGAGGAAAUUGAUGAAUUUACCCUGCAGGGCAAAUGCAGUGUCAAUAUUACCUUCAAAGAGAGCCAGGAGAUGCCAUACUUCCAGGCUAUCAUGAAAGAGGCUCUCCGCAUGCAUAGCGCUACAGGUUUACCCAUGUGGAGAGUUGUUCCCGCUGGUGGUGCGGAAAUCGAUGGCCGUUUCUUCCCUGAAGGUACUGAGGUCGGCGUCAAUGCUUGGGUUGCGCAUUAUGAUGAGCGGGUAUUCCCUGAUGCAAAGCUUUUCCGUCCCGAAAGGUGGCUAGAGGCGGAAACCAGUCCUGAGCAGUUGAAGGAGAUGAAUCAGAUGUACAUGCCGUUUGGCCUUGGAUCAAGAACGUGUCUGGGAAAACACAUUUCAAUCCUUGAGAUGUCGAAGCUGAUCCCCCGUCUGGUUAAGGCUUACGACUUCACUCCCUUGAGAAAGACAUGGAUGACGGAGAACUACUGGUUCGUGAAGCCGACGAAUUUUGAAGUCUACGUGCAAAAGAAAUAG